AUGGCGUUUUCUUCAACUCCAGUCAUUCCCAAGAGCUUCAAAUAUGAUGUAUUUAUGAGUUUUAGUGGCGAAGACGUUCGUUCUAAUUUCAUUGAUCAUCUUUAUUAUGCUCUCAAUCACAAAAGCAUUUACACUUACAAGGAUGAUGUGAGAAUCAAGAAAGGAAAAAACAUCACUGAUGAGCUCAAUGGAUCCAUUGAAGACUCAAAAUUCUACAUCAUUGUCUUCUCAACGAACUAUGCUUCUUCAUCAUGGUGCUUGGAUGAGCUUGUGAAGAUAAUGGAGUGUCACAACACUAAAGAGCAUAAUGCUUUCCCCAUCUUCUAUGAUGUGGAACCCAGCGAGGUUCGUAAACAAAAGGGGAAAGUUAAAAAAGCUUUUGCCAGUCUUAAAAAGGAAGAGGCUGCUGGGAAAUGGAGAAAAGCUAUGAAAGAAGCAGCUGAUGAGGCUGGGUGGGAGUUGAAGAAAACUUUUGAUGGGCAUGAAGCUAAAUUCAUCCAAAAGAUUGUUGAAGAGAUUUCACUAGAGUUACGUUCCAUAAAUUAUAUCAUUGAUGAGAAAUUAGUAGGCAUGAAGACCCGUAUCCAGGAUGUUGUAUCAUAUUUAGGAACCGGUUGUAAUGAUGUCCGCAUCAUUGGGAUCAAGGGGAUUGGAGGUGGUGGGAAGACAACUUUGGCGAGAGCUGUUUUUGAUCAAAUAUCCUUUCAGUUUGAAGGCAAAAGUUUCGUUGAGAAUGUUAGGGAAGUUUCAAACGCUUCUGCCACUGGUUUGAACUCUUUGCAAAACCAAAUCGUUUCGGAUGUCUUGAAUGAUAAAGUCAUCAACGAAAGUAACGUUUUUGAUGGGAAAGCCAUGAUGAAGAGGAUGAUGUCAAGUAGAAAGAUUCUUGUUGUUCUAGAUGACGUGGACAAUAUAGACCAACUUGAGGCGUUAGCAGGUGAGCCUAAUUGGUUUAAGCCAGGAAGUGUAAUUAUCAUUACCACAAGAGAUGAACAAGUGUUGGUAGCACAUGGAGUGAAGUUGAUUCGUAAUGUCGAUAUGUUAUCGGUUAAGGAAGCAACUUGCCUUUUUAGUAGGUAUGCAUUUGGGAAAGAGAUUCCAAUUGCAGGGUAUGAAGAGUAUUCAGGGCAAGUAGUAAGUUAUGCUGAUGGUCUUCCCUUAACUAUUAGAGUUUUGGGAUCGUUUCUCUGUGGUAAAGAUGAUAGUGAAUGGAUAGACGCUCUAGACAGAUUGAAAACAAUUCCGUUAAAAGAAACUCUAAAACAAUUGGAAUUAAGUUAUAUCGGUCUAGAGGAGGAUUACAAGGAAAUAUUCCUAGAUGUGGCAUGCAUACUUAAAGGCCAGCGAAAAGACUUGGUUAUCGAAGCGCUUGAAAGUUGUGGCUUUCAUGCUAAAAAUGGUUUAAGAGUUUUGGAGCAAAAAUCUCUCAUAACUUUUUAUCAUCAUUCUGAUGAUGGUGAGUGUGUGGGGAUGCAUAACCAUCUUGAAGAAAUGGGCAAGAAUAUUGUUCGUCGUUCGCACCCAGAUAUGCCUAAUAAACAUAGCCGAUUGUGGAUUGACGCCGAAAUUGAAAACAUAUUGGUUAAUAACAUGGGAACCGAGGUAACAAGAUGUAUACAACUCUACACAUGGGGACUCGAACCUGAAAUUGUUAUGAAAGGUCUCAGAAAGAUGAAGGAACUCAGAUUUCUUGAUGUGUCUACGGGAUUUCUUGACGAAGGAACUCGGAUUAGCUGUUUUCAAUGGAAUUGGAUAUUUAAUACAUUCAGCCCAUAUCUCCCAGAAUCUUUACGAUAUCUGCGUUGGAACCAUUACCCGUUUACGUCUUUACCCAAAACAUUUGAAGCAGACAAUCUUGUUGCACUUUCGAUGUCUGAAAGUGGAAUAUCACAACUUUUGGAAGGGGGAGAAAGAAAGGUUCUAAAAAAGCUACGAUUCCUUGACCUCAAUUACUCAAAGUUAAGGACCCUUAACCUUGGGUUGAUUCCAAAUCUUGAGGCGUUGUUUCUUGGAGGAUGUGGUGAUUUGGUAAAACUUAACAUGCCCAUCGAAUGUCAAAAGCUCAAAUACCUUGACCUUUAUCGUUCAAAGUUAACGACCCUUGACCUUCGGCUAACUCCAAAUCUUGAGUGGUUAGAUAUUGGAAGAUGUUAUCAUUUGGUAGAACUUCAUAUGCCCCAUGGAGGUCUAAAGCUUAAAUACCUCAACUUCACAAAGUCAAAGUUGAGGACCCUUGACCUCAAGAUGGCUCUGAAUCUCGAGAGGUUAAAUCUUGAUGAAUGCGCCGAUUUGGUGGAACUUCACAUGCCAAGUAGAUGUUUACAUCUCAAAUCCAUCAAACUCACUAUGUCAAAAUUAAGGACCCUUGACAUCGGGGUUACUCCAAAUCUCGAGUAUUUAAAUCUUGAAAAUUGCUAUGAUUUUGAAGAACUUCACAUGGCUAAUGAAUGUCAAAAGCUAACAUCCCUCAACAUUAGUCAUUCAAAGCUUAGAAGCCUUGACCUUCUCCUCACUCCAAAUCUCGAGAAGUUAGAUCUUAAAGAAUGUCAUAAUUUGGUAGAACUUCACGCUCCCAUUGGAUGUCUACAAAAGCUUGUCUACUUAGACUUAAGUGGUUGCUUGAGGUUUAAAUCUUUUUUGUUUCGCAUAGAGGAUGAUACUUCUUGUAGUGUGGAUGAAUCACUUGAGGUUGAUCCUUUAGCCGAUUUACAUCUAAUUUCAAAGUCCCUAGAAAGAUGCCCAUUUCAUCCCGACAAUAAUUCACCAAAGUUUCAGUUUACAUGCCUAUAUAAAGAAGAUCGACCCUUAUUGACUAGAAAUCUUGAGAAGCUUAUUUCUGUAGGUCUUUGUGCUUGCACAAACCUUGAGAUGUUUUCAGAAAGCAUUUGUGGGUUACAACGUUUAAGAAAGCUUAUACUCAAAAGCUAUCCAGAGGUGCCCAAGGACAUUGACCACUUAGAAUGUCUAGAGGAGCUAGUUUUGUCAUCUACAAAAGGUAGACAUCUUCCCGAUAGCAUUUGUAUGUUGAAACAUCUUAAAUCUCUUGAACUUCUAUCUUGUGGGCGUCUUGAGAAGUUACCCAAGGAUCUUGGCCAAUUAGAAUGUUUGCAGAAGCUAAGGUUGUCAUCUACAAAGGUAAAACGUCUCCCUGACACCAUUUGUAUGUUGAAGCAACUGAAAUCUCUCAAAAUUAUAUCGUGUGGGCGACUUCAGAGGUUACCUAAGGAUCUUGGCCAGUUAGAAUGUUUAGAGAAGUUAAGGUUGUCAUCUACAAGGAUAAAACGUCUUCCUGACAGCAUUUGUGUGUUGAAACAACUGAAAUCUCUCAAGAUUAUAUCUUGUGAGCAUCUUGAUAAGUUACCCGAGGAUCUUGGCCAAUUAGAAUGUUUACAGAAGCUAACUUUGUUAGAUACAAAGAUUAAAUAUUUUCCAGAUAGCGUGUGUAUGUUGAAACAUCUAGAGUCUUUGGAACUUAAACCUUCUUCACUACGUGAGAAGUUACCUGUGGAGAUUGGCCAAUUAAAUGUUAGUGACACUAAUCCUAAUGGUAAUGGAGUUUCUAUGUAG